GGGCCUUAUUGGAGCACGGAUGCGCACAGUACCUGCAGCCCUUCGUGUAAUCAAGUGGGUGGCUGAAAGGACAUGUAGCUUCCAAAUCAUAAGCCAGAGAACAGAGAUGCUUAACAGAAAUUUUGACAAUGCUGUCAUUGGAUGCCUGUUUGGCUGUUUGACAGAGACACAAGGGCCGGCGACACCCACCCCAUCUGUUCAGAUCAACACUGCAGAUGCCUCGUUACCUGAUGAGUGCGCAAAUACCGGAUUUGGUAGUACUUCUCUUUAGGAAUUAUGACUGAUCUCAUUGUGGUGUGACUGCACUAAAUUCUUCAAAAUUACUUUUUUUUUCAAUCCCAUUCACUGGGCUGUCAUCAGGUUAAUUUCUUUGAAGUCUGAACACAGAUUUCCCUGCUGUCAUCAGAAGCCUUUUGCCUGUGCUGUGCAGGAGAUUGGCUACUGUUUACUGCAGCAGAAAUUGUCAGUCUGCCACUGUCUUUCUGCCUGUACCAUUCCUUCCUUCCUCAAGAGAAGCGAAGCAGCAGACAGGCAGACAUGUUUUGUUCGGUGACAUUUCCAUCCCACCACCAGCACCAGCAGGUCGUCUUCUUUCUAGUGCUUGCUUGUGUUUGGUGGAUCUGAAUCACCAUUCCGAUCUGCUCACCACCUCCCGGCCUCUCCUCCCCGGAACGAGAUCCUCUCUCCCUGCUGCUGUGCGGCUCCAGCUCCAAGCGCGGGAGAGGGGGCCGCAUCUCCAGUUCCCCAUGGCCGCCGCCACCAAGGUUCUUGACAGGCUCAAGGUGGGGGCUUCACCUCCGGCGCCCGGCGGCGCGCUCCCGCUCACCUUCUUCGACGUGCCCUGGCUCUUCACGGGCCCCGUGGAGCGGGUCUUCUUCUACCACUACGCGCACACGGCGGAACACUUCGCCGCCCACCUCCUGCCGUCCCUGGUCUCCUCCCUCUCCGCCACGCUGCACGCGUUCUACCCGCUGCUCGGCCGCGUCCGGCCGUGCCCGGACGGGAGCAGCGGCGGGUACGAGUUCUUCUGCUCCGCGGGCGGGGAGGGCGGCGAGGCCGUCGAGCUCACCGUCGCCGAGAGCUCCGACGACUUCGACGAGCUCGCCGGCGGCGGCCCGAGGGACGUCGCCCGGCUGUACGCCCUGGUGCCGCGGCUCCCGCCGCCGGAGGUCGACGGGUCCUUCGCCCUCGCGGCGGCGCAGGUCACCGUGUUCCCCGCCUGCGGGGUCGCCGUCGGCGUUUCCAUCCACCACGUGGCCUGCGAUGACUCCAGCUACAUGCACUUCGUCAAGACCUGGGCCGCCCGGUGCCGGGUGGCCGUCACCGGCGCGGACGCGGACGCGGACGCGGUGCCGGUCCCUUUCUUCGACCGUGGCGUGGUCGCCGACCCCGAGGGCCUCGCGGCCAGGACGCUCGACGAAAUGCGCCAGCUGGCGGCCAACGGCCCGCCUCCGCCUCCGCCGGCGGCGCCAGCAGGCCCGCCGCCGAAGCUGGUCAUCGCGUCGUUCGCGCUCACCCGCGACCGCAUCGACGGACUGAAGCAGCGCGUGACCUCCAAGUUCGCGGACGGCGGCGGCACGGAGCGCGUCCACUGCUCGGCGUUCACGGUGGCGUGCGCACUGGCGUGGGCCUGCCUGGCGCGCACGGGCAGCGGCGGUGACGAGCGGCCCCGCGCGCACCUGCUGUUCUCGGUGGAGUGCCGGCGCCGCCUGGCGCCGCCGAUCCCGCAGGAGUACCUGGGCAACUGCCUCCGGCCGUGCUUCGUGGAGGUGGGCGCGACCGAGCUGCUUGGGGGCGACGGCGUGGCAGCAGCAGCCGCCGCGAUCGGCGCGGCCGUCGCGGGGCUCGACGGCGGCGUGCUGGACGGCGCCGGCGGGUGGUUCCACAAGAUCCUGUCGCUGGUCCCGGAGCGGCCGAUGUCGGUGGGCGGGUCCCCGAGGUACGGCGUGUACGAGACCGACUUCGGGCUGGGUCGGCCGGCCAAGGUGGAGCUGGUGUCCAUCGACAAGACGCCCGGCACGGUGUCCCUGGCGGAGGGCCGCGACGCCGACGGCGCGCAGGCCGCCGGGGUGGAGAUCGGCGUCGUGCUGCCGGAGGCCGAAAUGGCCCGCUUCAGCUCCUGCUUCGCCGACGCGUUGGAGGAGCUCUGCGACUGAGCUGUGCAGCAUGGACGACGGCGGCUGCUCCGUUGACGACAAGCGAUGAAUUGGUGGUGGUUUAAGGUGUAGUAACAAAAUAUAUAGAAAGAGAGAUGAUCCGAAGUGUAUAUUUGAGGGAGAGAUGGAUACAUAUAUUUCAUAUUUUUGUGGAGUAAAUUUCAUAAUGUGCGAGAAUAUUAAGAGUGUGACUGAUAUUGUUGGAUUGAUUAUUUAUCUUAGAAGUAAAGAGCCGAAUAUGACUGAUAUUUUAAAA